AAAGCAGAGGCGGUUCGGAGCGGGUGCCGGGCGCACCGAAAGCGAAGCCGGUUUGGCGCUCCUCCUCCUCCUCCUCCUCCUCCUCCCCGACGGGAAAGUUGCGGAAGAAGGAAGGGAAAGCGAGGCCGAAGCAGGAAGGAGCCAUGGCCGGUUCUUCUCCGUCUCCGUCUCCGUCUCCGUCCGGGGAAGAUGAGGAGGGCGGCGGGUGGCGGGCGGCGCCCUUGGUGGCGCUGAACUACGCGCUGCGCCGGCGGCUGUCGCUGCUGCUGAACCCGGGCGCGGCGGUGGCGGCGGACUGGGCCUCGCUGGCCGAGGCGCUGGGCUACGAGUUCCUCGAGAUCCGCGCCUUCGAGGCCCACGCCGACCCCACGGCCCAGCUGCUCCACGACUGGCAGAGGCGGGCCAGCCCCCCCGCCACCGCCGGAGCCCUCCUCGACGCCCUCCGACGCCUCCACCGGCACGACGUCCUCGCAGACCUCGCGCCCGCCAUCGAGGAGGACUGCAAGAAAUACCUGCAGAGGAAGCGAGAGGAGCAGGCUGAGCGGCCAGUUCAGGUCCCGGCGGUGGACAGCAGCUUCCCAAGGAUGUCCGAACUGCGCGGUAUCACCACCCAGGACGACCCCAUGGGGCAAUUCCCGGAGAUGUUUGAUGCCUUCAUUUGCUACUGCCAGAGUGAUCUCCCCUUCGUUCAAGAAAUGAUCCAAGAGCUGGAGCACACUGACCACAAGGUGAAGCUCUGCGUCUUUGACCGGGACGUCCUCCCAGGAACCUGUGUGUGGUCCAUCACUAGCGAACUGAUAGAGAGGCGCUGCCGAAAAAUGGUAGUAGUCAUCUCAGAUGAUUACCUGGAGAGUGAAGAAUGCGAUUUCCAAACCAAGUUUGCUCUCAGCCUCUCACCAGGGGCUCGCCAGAAGCGCCUCAUCCCGGUGAAGUGCAAGACCAUGAAGAAGGAGUUCCCAAGCAUCUUGAGGUUCAUCACCCUUUGCGACUACACCAAUCCUGCCACCAAAAAAUGGUUCUGGAUGCGGUUGGCCAAGUCCCUCUUGCUGCCCUGAGGCCAAGUGUUAAGAAUAGGCAUCUCUUGCUUUGUCUGGACUGUGUUUUCAAGGAGGAUCAGCCGGUCUCUCUUCACCUUCACCCCAAGCAAUGGUUUAAACUUUGCCAAAUCUCAUGAAACAACAUUCUGCUUCAAAACAUGGCCAGUUUUAAAAACGUGAGUGAUGUUAAGGGUGAAAGGUAAGGACAGGUUCAUCUGCUCAAGAGGCAUUUGCAAGGUAUCAAUUCCUGCAUUUAACCUCCUCGCCAUCCUGCCAAACAGGAGAACCAAGAAAAACUGGACCAAGAAGGAGAGAACUUUCAACAGCAUUGGCGUACAAACUGCUGGUAAUCUUUAAUAAGAUGUUGAUAUUUUCUCUGCUGUUUAAAUGUGGGGCCAAAAAGCAUCCUUUAUCCACAAGAGAACAAUAAUCCUGUUUCUAAUACAGGUGAGUUCUAUGUGCCUUAAAACAGGUCUUAGUUGUGGACCAAGAGGGCUUGUGUUUAAUGGAGUGCCAACAUGUAAACGCAACAUGGAGCACAACAUCAGCACCAAGCUUGUGUGGGUUCUGUACUGCCAGGUUGUUGUUGUUGUUUGUCUCUGAAAUGUGCAGUCUUCUCUUUAUAAGACAGAAGUCAAAGCCUGGAAGGAAUGACCAGAAACAAUGGCUUUAGUUUUCACGUCAACACUCUGCCUUCCAGCAAGAGGUGAAUAUUUUCUUUUCCUUUGGUUUACUGAUACCUUUCCUGCCUCUGGGCAAUGGGUAGGAAUCAGCCCUGGACAAACAAAUAACAUGUUUACUACAUGGGAUUGUCUGCAUUAUUUGCAUAGCCUGCCUUAAAAAAUCUUUUGCCUUAGAGCAAGCUUGUAGUACUCAGUUUAGAAAUAGCAAUAGACUGGCACCAUAUGACUUUCCAGAAUUUAAUUAAGCACUUGGCUAUAUGAGCCUCCCCAUAUUUUGGGGUUGAACCUUUGUGGAUUUGAUGAAUUGUGGUUAAUUUUCAGUGGAAGACAUUCUACCCCUGAAUGGAUAUCAAAAGUAGACUGUCAGAUUAUCUCUAAAUACGGAAUAAAUCUCAGGAGGGGCACCUGGUUUCCUUGCACAAAAUGAGAUGAGCAAAUACUCUGUUGACUCUCUCAGCUGAUAUGGCCUGACGUAAAGGAGGUGAGGUGGUGGUCUUGCAUACCUGGAAGCUUGUUCACUUAUUAUCUGGAUUUGAGAUGCCUUUUCUUGUUGGUUUUGCAAGUUGAGGGUUUGCAGGGUAUUUAAACCAUCAUCUCUUGCUCACUUUUCCAGAUUAUUCAUGGCCCAUGACACUUUUUGCUAUUGAUUGUGUGUUCCAUUGUGAACCUAUCCAAGAAUGACUUGCCUUUAACUGUUACACGGGGCCCCUGGUGGCACAGUGUGUUAAAGCGCUGAGCUGCUGAACUUGCGGACCAAAAGGUCCCAGGUUCAAAUUCUGGGAGUGGAAUGAGCGCCCACUGUUAGCCCCAGCUCCUGCCAACCUAGCAGUUCGAAAACAUGCAAAUGUGAGUAGAUCAAUAGGUACCACUCCGGCGGGAAGGUAACGGCACUCCAUGAAGUAAUGCCGGCCACAUGACCUGGAGAUGUCUAUGGACAACGCCGGCUCUUCGGGUUAGAAAUUGAGAUGAGCACCAACCCCCAGAGUUGGUCACGACUGGACUUAACAUCAGGGGAAACCUUUACCUUACCUAACGGUUACACAUCCAUACUGCACAAUUAUGGUACCUUAAUAUUGCAAUAUUUGCUAUGGCUUCAUUCUCUAAAAUCUUGGGAAAUGCAGUUUUGUGAAAUAUUGUACAAUCCCUGAAUCUUCAGGACUGGUAUCUGUAGUUUCCCUUACCCAUAUCCAAACAAAAGAGGCAUCUCUGGGCAUUUUGAAGGCUCUCAAGUAUGAUUCUGUGGUUUGCUUCUGCUGGAAGUUGAACACAAAAGUUGCACUGGAGGACCUAGAAAUCCUACAGAAUUGUUUGAUUUAGGUAUUUCCUAGAUCAUGCAGCAUGAUUCUGUGGUAUGUCUCUGCUGGAAGUCCUCCAUUUAAAUAGAAUUUGCCAUUACCCGUGGUUUCAUGUUUCCAUGGUAUGUCCAGGAAUGUAUCCCUUGCAGAUACUGAAUUCAUAUUGUAUUAAAAAUUAUAUGCUACAGAGGUCUAGUGUCUCAUGAAACUGCAAAGCCCAGCAUUAUGGAAAAUGCAGCCAUGGUAGUUAAAAUGAACUCGACAGUGUUAUACAUGUGUAGUAUGCAAGAAACCAUUGCAGUGUCUAAUAAUCAAUGAGAAACCUCGGGAGGAGGAGAGCUCUUAGUUACUUCAAAGGAGUCUGAUUUCUUGACUACAGUCUCCACUUAGAUUGAUGACUAGCCAAGAUAACGAAAAUCAAUAACUAUUCUAAUGGCUUCCUUAUCUACUUCGAAGUUAUUUAAAUCUUAUCUCCACUUCCUUGCAUCACUUCUUCUGUCUUUCAUUUAUUUUUGUAUGGGGCUUUGGAAGCAGGACCUCCUCUGGAUACCAAAAUCAGAGGAUGCUCAGGUCCCAUUAUGUACAAUGGUGUAGUAAAAUGGUACCCAUUUUAUAAAAUAGCGAAGACAUAGACAAAUGCAUGAGAGAGCUGGAGGAUCUAUGAAAUGGUGGAGUCUAAAGCAGGGCAUACAUAGGGCUCGGUGCUUGCAAAAAUCAGGAUUUGCUUUUUGGAAUUUUUCAUCCAAAUGUUUUCAAGUUGUGAUUGGUUGAAAUCAUGGAUACAGAAUUUGUGGAUACUGAAUAUACUUCUCUGAUUUCAAUUUCACAUGUUUUUUCAUGGGGGUCCUAUCACACCUAUCAGCAACAAAUAUUUGACUAUCAGAACAUAAUGGAAGUCAUGAUGGACUAGACCAGUUUCCUCUAGUGCAAGAUACACAUUUUAUCAGCCUUACCCACAGCUUCUUAAAGGAGGUAGUUAAAGAAUUGGAAAAGAGUUUGCUUAGUACUGUUGCAUAUCUGCUGUUCUUUUUGUUUGCUGCUUCAGAUCCAUCCUUGUUGUUUCAGCAGAUUUGUAAAAUCCGGGGCAGAGAAGGGAAUUUCCCAUAAAUUGCAGCUGCACAUUGUUUGCUGGAUACAUUGUAAGUGUUUGAUGUGUCUGUUACUUCAUGGGUCUUUUAUGAGCUGAUUUUAAAAUGUUACUGUAACGUACUAUGAGCAUUAUUCGGGAGGACAAGGUUUUCUAAAUACUUUUCAAUAAUAAAAAAGUUGACAACUGUG